CGACCACACACACAUUUGCCAGUCAUGCUUCGCAGAGCGUUCAGAAUUCUAGGCGACGUAGCUUCCGUACGAGCAGCUCCAGUAGCUCCCCGCUUGGCCUACCACUUUACAACGUCGUCUGCCCACAGAGCGCUAGACGAGAGCAGUGCCGCCGGUCCUUCUAGUGCCGCAUCCUCAUCCUCAACCUCAGCCGCUGCCGCUGCCGCCGCUACUACUCCUCCCCCACCUCCAUCACCCAGCCACAAUUCCGCCUCUUCACCAAGCUCGACUGCUUCGUCGAUCCUUCCCGGUUCCCAACCCUCCCCUGUCCGAUCCCUCGGCGCAGGCGUGGGCACAGGCACAUCCACAGGCGUAGGUGCUAGUACAGGGCAACUACGCUCUGCCAAGAACUACCGUCUUCACGUGCAAGCCACAAGUAACAAUACCAUGCUCACUCUGACCGAUCCCGAUGGAAAUCCUGUUCAUAGUACUUCUGGAGGAACUGCUGGUUUCAAAAAAUCUGCUCGCUCAGGGUAUGAAGCAGGGUACCAAGCUGCCCUCAGCAUGUUUUCUGCCAUCUCCUCUCGUAAAUCAGUCUGGGCUCGCUCCCAGGGACGGGCUUUCAGUCGUUUGGAAGUAAUUUGGAAAGGGUUUGGAGCGGGGAGAGAUGCAGUUUAUAGAGCAUUGUUGGCGGCGGAAGGGGAGGAGACGAGGAAUAUGGUGAGGAGUAUGAGCGAUGCAACUAAGCUCAAGGUGGGAGGUGUGAGACCUAGAAAGAGGAGGAAUUACUAGACCAGUCUUUGCCUGCUUCCCUCUCUCUUAUCAUGGGUCCUACCCUGUGCUUGGCAGGGUUCACAGGCUCUGCAUCGUCAUCGAGAACUUUAAUGUCAGCACCUCCAUCGCCAGCUCAGCGGA